AGGAGUAGUGAAUAAAUGAAAAUAGUUUCAGACACUUUUUAUGUUCUCUGGUUUCAAUCUAGGUCUGCUCCAGCUCCUACCCAAGGGCCCACUGGUGCUGGGGCUGCAGGACCACCUCCUGCUACCAAUGUGUCAAGUAACAAACGGCUGCAGCAGACGCAAGCCCAAGUGGAUGAAGUAGUAGACAUCAUGAGAAUGAACGUGGACAAGGUGCUAGAAAGAGACCAGAAGCUGUCAGAGCUUGACAACCGGGCAGAUGCAUUGCAAGCAGGUGCCUCACAGUUUGAAACCAGCGCAGCCAAACUGAAGAGAAAAUAUUGGUGGAAGAAUUGCAAGAUGAUGAUCAUCCUUGGUGUAGUAUGCACAGCCAUUCUCAUUAUAAUUAUAAUUUAUUUCUCCACUUGAAAAAAUGAAGAAGGAAGACUUGGCACAACUUUGUUCGUAUCAACCAACAAUAUCAGUGUUCCUUUGUUGAACUCCGCUUUUUAAUUCCUGGUGUCUUGGGAUUUUUGCUUCUAAUAACGUAUAAGCAUUCAGUGUGGUGUGUUUUGGAAUUCUGUUGUUUCCACAAGAAACUGUACCAGCUAAAUACUGCCAAGUAGUUCCAUACACUGUCUUAUUACUGUGUCUUCAGAUGUGCACGCACUGACCUUCAGAAACUGUAGUAUAUGAAAAGCAUCCUAAAUAUCUUAGAAUUGGAGAAUGCAGCUGUAGGAGAGUUCCUGCAUAAAGGGACACUGUCAGGUGAACUGAAAUUGAGGUUUCAGCAAACAUGAGGGCCAAAAUUCUUAGUCUGAAUACCUAAAGUUGUGUAGCAAAAUUCACUAUCAGAUGCAGCUUUUUGAGGUAGCAGGUGUCUGCUACACUGGAGAAGGUCCUUGCAAGUAUUCACAGAAUGUGUAAGACAUCUCUACUUAGCCAACCAAUCACAUAUGUUUUUGAAAUUAAACGUGAUAUCCAUCUAAAAACAUUACCUGCAGGAAAUAAAUACGACUGCAUUUUAUGGAUUUAAAUUUUCUCUUGCAGUAUGUUCUGAGCAACUAAGAUAGCUUCAGUGUGAAAGGCAGAAAGAAGACUGUACGACGACAACCGAAAAAUGUUAGCUAGCACAAUCUUGAAAAAGCUCAGUGAAAUGCAAAAAUGGUAAUACAAGCACCAUAAAUAACCAAGAUGCAGAUUCUUGCUAAGAACUCAAGGUAGUGUUUGUCACGAUUCAUAGAACUCUCUUGAAUGACAGGCUCCAAUACUUAUAGCUCUAACUUGAGUAUAUGAAUGACUUUGGUAAUGUCUGUGGCUUCCCAUCACAACUGUAAGAAGCUGCUUCUACACCAUUUUGCAGAAAUGGUUCCCUUUGUGAGGAUCAGUUAAAGAUCAGUUAAAAAGAGGAGGAUGCAGUAAACAGAAAGAACUGUAGGGACAGAGGCCAGGGAAUGGAAACUGGAGGGUGCCUAACAAAGCUUUCCUUGAGCAGAGAAAGGCAGAGAAACACUGUUCUAAACUAGAGGUGUUAGUAGGCUUACUUACAAUUUAAUUUGUGUUUGUAUAGUUUAUAAGCUAUAACAUCAUCUUAAUAAAGUACUCAGUUCAGAUAUUUUUCAUACUUAAACCAACAUUUGAUACAAUUAAAGGAAAAGUAUUUAUUACAUUUGGGGGGAAAGUCAUAUGUUAUUGUUGUUAGGUUACACCCAAGUGUUCAAUUUCUACUUCUCUUAAAAUACUUCACAGUUUGUUUUGAGAAAGAUGUGGAUGAUAUCCUGAGAGAAUUAUACCAAUUUUAAACUUAUCUAUUUAAACUAGAAACAAAUUUUCAGAUUUUGAGCCAGGCAAUCCUGACAGCGCCUUUUUAAGAUGAAAUCUUCAGAAUUUCUAAGAAUUGCUAGAUAUUUAUUUAUUUAUUUAUUUUAAAAAGUUGGUUUUUCGUUGUUUUUUUUUUUGCCUGCAACUCUGUUAAGGCACAUAAAUAGCUAUAUUAGCAGAUAUGCUCAUUAAAGAGCAUCUCUCUUGACAUGAUCUUAGACUUAAAAAAAAAAGAGAAAACCAGACAAGUUCAUUGCAGUAGAUCUUAAGUAGAAUUUUGUGGAUGGAAUAAGCAAUGAUUAGUUGAAUGGUUCCAGCUGCAUUGUUUUUCUAUAUAUUUAUUACUUCAUUUUCACGUGUAUUGUUUCAUAUUGUUAACUAGCAGGUGGCCAUGGUCGUAAUAAAAGUAACCUUCAAACAUUAGUAACUUUCAAAGUUUUUGAUGUGCUACUGGUAUGCCCUGUUUGCUUCAGUUCAUCAGCUAAGUGCAUGAACUAUUCUAAAAUCCUCAUGGAUCGGACAGAAAAUUAUGCUGUCAUUAAAGGGCCUGACUUUGUGAAAUGCUA